CAACACAGGCCGGAUCAACAAGCGAGCGGUUUGCAGCUUGUGUCGGUUUCUUCGCAAAAUUAACAAAAAUAUAAUUUUCUGCGUAGUUUCCUAUGUUGUAUAGUAUUCUCAAAGUGUGUUAGUUCCGGCUACUCAAUAGUAUUCUUAUAUUAUUUAUUUAUCUACUUAGAAAUGCUAGGAGAUUCAACGUAAUCUAAGUGACAGAUGUUACUGUGUUAACUCGCGCCACUUUUGGAUUAAUACUUGUUUUUGAUUGAGUAAAACAUGGAAGAAAUCAAGGAUAAUACCAUUGAAAUGGAGUGCAACCCGCCAGUCCCAGCCACAGCUACAGCUACAGCCAUUCAAGUUCCGAUAGUGGAUGCUACGGAGGACAAUGUGGAAAGUACAACCAAUAAGAAUGACUCCCAAAACCUGUUCCCUGACAGUCCAGUCUACGAACCAGAUGAUGAUGUUGUGACUGUCAGCAGCGGAACCGAUGAAGUCAAUCUGGUAUCAUCAGACGGGACUAAAGAAGAACCGGCAGCUCAACUCAAAAGAAGGAUAUCAGACGAACCGUCCGAUAGCAGCGCAAAGAUCCAAAAGCUAGAACUUACCGACGAUGAGUUUGCCGUCUCCACACAGAACUUGGAUGAUGAGGUCUCCGAGAUCACGAGUGCAACUAAACGGAAAUUGGAAGCAGUCGAGCUUCCAUCCACCUCCCGAGUCCGUACUCCCGCCCGGUCCAGCCCAAGAAGACUCAAGCGAAGCAACAGCGCAGAAAUAUCCAAACCAAAAACACCAAAGACCCCCAAAUCUCGCCCAGCCAGUGUCGACGUUACCUCUUCUCUUAAAACUCCACUCAAAGCUAAAGAUGAACCAAAGGAAACAGUAUCACUCUCCGAUAGUUCAUCACGUCCUAGUGUCGAGUUUGUCACCGAAAUACAACCCCCGAAAGUUCCAGAAACAAUAGCCGAAGAGAAUUCAGAGUUGGAUGACUCCCAAGGUUUCCAUCUAGAACUUUCGCCAACGCCUGAAGAGAAUGCAAUUAAGAUUAAGACUCCGAGCAACAGUGACCCAGUGCUUGUUAAAGACAGGAAGGAAGACCUUAAUCCCGGUAAAAUAAGUGAUACUAGAAGUGAAGGGUACAAGUAUUCUGAUCAAGGCGCCUUCUCCCAACCUAAAGGAAAAGAUUACAUUGGAAAGACAACCGACCAAGAAAGCACAGAUAGUGUCGGUUCACUCAACUUGGAGAGUCCCGAGCCUAUGCCUUCCGUCGCUUCGAAGUUGAUUUCGAAAUUGUCCAAUGGCAAUUCGUCGACUCCUACCGAGAAUUCAGAUGGUAAGAAUGCUGAAGACAGCGACAGUACUCCUGAUAUGGCGAAGUUGAACUCUAUUAAGAACAAGAGAGGAAAGAAUGAGUCGUUCAGGUCAAGUAACAAUGCGACUCCUUCAACAAUUUCGCCUUUGGCAAAUGGUCAUUCUUUGCCCAUCACCACGCCACAAAUACCGGUUUUCGACGUCCACAUUAGUCAUAAUGAGGAUAAUGAGUUCUUGUCUCUGUAUGUUGUUCGGACGGACAACGACGUUGGAAUGGACAUGUGCAGAGAAUACCAGAGGAUUUCUAAAAGGUUCACAAUAGACCCGUAUUUAGGCGAUGUGUCUGUGAGCAAUUCUCCAUCUAGUGUAACCAGUGGCGGCAUGAUCAAUUUGCCGAAUAGAACAUCUUUCGCGUCUACAGUCAGUUCGACAUCGACGUCAAGCAACCGAACCAGUGAUGGUGCUUUUGUCGUACCGCAACCGCCUCGCAAAUCCAUCGCGAACCCUACAACGUCUGUCAAGGGAUAUGAAGCCUUAAUGAAGAAACUACACGACAUCUUCUCGCAUAUCCGAGAGAAUUCCGUAGACGAGGGCCUGAGUGAUGAUAAAGUUUCUGUGGGUAUUCAAACAUCUGUGUCUAACGACAGUUCCAUGAGUAAUGGUAACGCAAGUCCGGAAGAAGUGAAUAAAUGUGAUAAGGCGACUCCAAAAAGCUCUUUGAAAAAGACUCGGGUUCGAGGACGACGGCCUAUUGCGGGCAAGACUAAGCGAGCGUUACUGCCAACUCAACCAGAGGAACCGGAGUACAUGCAUGGUAUGAAUUCUCCAGAAAUGGUGCCGACUAAUGGUGAAAAUGGGAAGGAUUCUCCAGUGAAGUCUCCAAAAGAUGAGAAACCAUUGUCUUCAUUGGUGGCUACGCCAAAAUCUGUGAGUAAAUUGAAGAAGAAGGGUCGUCCUACGUCUCCGCGACCGGCUACGCCGGUAGAAAAAGCGGUGGUGAAGCAAGAAUACCCUGGAUAUGCACCAGACACUGUAGUAUUAGCCAAAUGGGUGGACAAACGCUACUAUUCGGGUAAAGUGUUGGAGAUUACGGAGCCAAAUAAGUAUUUGAUCAGGUUUGAUGAUGGCCAGACUAAGGUGUUGUUGGAUGACUUUAUAAUAUUUGGAGAUAUGAAGGCGUUGCCUUUGGAGGGUCAGUCCGUUUACGCUAUGGUUGAUGAGGAACAGAAUUACGAGCCUGGCCUAGUGCUGGGAGUUGAGGAAAAUGACAGUGGAACAGUCACCUAUAAAUGUACUACUGAUGGAGACACGGUGGUAUUAGUGACAGCGAGCGAGCUGUACCUGACGGAAGAUCAGGCGCGCUCCUUGAAGGAGGCGGCGCGAACUCGAGAGCCGUCCGCCCCUUCUACACCGAGGCGCAGACACCAUCGAGAGCUAGACCUUGAUAAUAUCAUACAGGGACCUCGCAGCGCUCGAAGCCGCGACAAGGGUAAUUCAAGCGCGCGGAAACGAGUGGCCUCUCCCAAGAGCCCUAAAGCCUCCACUUCGGGUAUUUCAGGUGUGAAAACAAAGAGUACUCCAGUGGGUCGCAAACGGUUGGCGAGUGAGAGUAGUGAAAUGAGUGAGAGCAGUAACUCAGCCCCUCCCGUCCGCCUUGAAGAGGUCGCUGGAGUCGAACCAGAGGUGCAGCGGACUCCUAGAAAGAUUGACGGGGUCAAAGCCGGUCCACUCCAACUGAAAGGGGCCUCGAAACAGAACAUAGGCAAGAAGAAUUCCAAACUGACUAAGUUUGAGAACGAUGAAGACACUGUUUCCAAAAUGGGUCCCAUACCAGGACCUGAUAAUAAGCUGUUCUCCGGUUUACAUUUCUUGUUGACUUGUACUGAGACUCCUAGACGGACCCGUACUGAGAAGGCCACUCAAAGCGCAGAAACCCGCCACUACUCGUCAGAAGAAGACGGUGAGACCACCUCCUCAGUGGCGGGCACUGAUACAGAAGACCUGGAGUUCUGCGACCGCCCCUUCAACAAGGAGCGCUUGAAGGAACAGCUGGAGGCAGGCGGUGGGACUGUGUACAGCCACUUCGAUGACGUGCCAAAGAACAAGUACCAAGUUUGCAAGCUGAUCGCCCCGCGGCCAUGUCUGACUGCCAAGUACAUUCAGUGCCUGGCUGCGGACAUUCGUUCCGUGUCCCACGGCUGGGUCAUCAUGAGCUGUAUCGAAAACUCGCUACAUGACAUCGACUCCUUCGCACUGCCAGCCGGCUGGUCUAUCCUGAAACAGAGGUUUAUUAACUGGGUUCCGCCAUCAGGCAAGCGCAACGCGACGUUCUUCAAAGACAAGAUCAUACUCCUGUGCGGAGACCAGGACACAUUCGUCAAGUUUUGGGAGCGAGUGUGCACCCUGGCCGGGGCCACCACGCGCGUCGUCAACGAGGAGGACCUCAACAUGUCCGGCGCCCUGGCCCUCGUCACGGAGUGGGACUGUCCCCACGAAGUACAAAACAAGGCGAACCAAGACAACAUCCCCCUCGUCUCGACCACCUGGGUGGUCCAAUGCCUAAUAGAGGCCCGCGUCAUCGCCCCCACCAGCCACGAAAAGUUCUCAUUUAUGUUUGCGGAGCCAGAAUGAUCCUGGGACUUUAAAAAGAUCCUCAUAAUACGUGAAAAUUGACACUUGAGGUGACGCGACAGUGACGCUUUAGUGAUAGUGAAGUGAACCGACUUGCUUGCAGUGGUGUAAACUAAUGGUUGAUUAAAGUACAAACUUAAAAGUAUGUUACGCUAAGCGUGUUAUAAACGGCUUCAAUGCUUAGAUGAUUGUAAAGUUUAAACCAAAUUUAAUAUAAAAUGCUUAGCUGCAGAUUGUUAAAGCGAUAUUGUUAUAUGUUGCUAUUUUUAUAAGCGAAAAUUAAUGGAGGAAAUAUUUUAUUCGCAAUCAAUGCUUAUACCACUGUAUAGCAAGUUAAGUUAAACUAUAAUUUUAAGUGUAAAAAGAACUGCAAGUGCAGCUGAAGUGGACUUGAGAAUUUUAUUAAAAAUGACAGUCUUGGUGUUUAGUGUUUAAGGAUAAUGUUUGCAGGUAUUUGUAAAAUGUAUUUAUUAUGAUUUUUAUACAAUGUUGUCGCGAUAGUUGCAUAUGUAUCAAGUAUUUGAAAAGACAUUUCCCGUUAAAAAGAGAGAGGGCGUCGGUCUCAAGUCGUCUUAAAAUGUAAGUAGCGCUUCUUGUGACGAAAUACGGGAGAUUCCCCUAUGAAAAUAAUUAUCUUAAAGAUCUAAAUAUCGUGACAAAAUCCUACAACAGAUAUCAUUGUAUACGCGUCUCAACAAGACAAGCGAAUUUCAAGUUUAUAAUCAAUAAAUUAAGAUUAAUUAUUGUUGGUCGAUUGCGGCGACUCGACAAACAAGAUCUAAAGUCAUAAACUUAGAUAAAAGUAUUCUUUACUUCUUAUGAUCAUAGUGCGACUGAUUUCUAAACUUAUAUCUAUUACAAUAAAUACUAAAUUCCUAUGCUAUGCUUUGCUGUGUGUUUAGGUUUCUGCAAAAAAACAAAUCAAUUUUGUAGGUACCAUAUUAUAUGAAAUGUAAAAAGAAAAAGAACUUCAUACUUAAGAUCAAACCUGAGUUAAUAAGUCUCAGAAUUUUAUUCCAAGAUCUACAUGUGUCUAGUACUUGCAUAAAGGCAUAUCUGAAUAUUUCUUCUGUCUAUCUGACCCCUUCACUUAGGUACAACUAACUAAUCUGAUACCAUUACACCUAUCUCAACAAGACACAAGAGUAUUUUCUAUCAUCUU